ACGUAUUUUGCUGCACAAAAGUGCAAAGGUCUUCUUUUAAACAAAUUGAUCAUCUGUGCUCAUGUGGUUUGGCCAGAUGCUCCGCCCUCUUCUGUUUUGUUUAAAAAGACCUAAUGUGCUAUGACUGCAUUUCAUCAGACCAUCAUCUGCGCUAAACUUGCAAAAAUGACAUCUUUGGCUCUGGUUUUGGUAUUUUGUGCCUUUGUCUCUUUAAGCGAUUCUUACUGUUUCCAUGAAAGAUGUAAAAGCAGGGGCAAGAUAUUGUACGGAUGCAGAUGAUAAAUCCCAGCAUCCAGUAGGAAGUACUUGGACAAACAACAGAUGCAUCCGAUGCACAUGCUCCUCCAACAUGAUGUCAUGCUGUGACAUGAUGGGUAAACCCAUAAUCAAGACUGGAGGCUGCAUUGUGAAGUAUGAUUACAGAACAUGCACAUUUAAAGUGUUUCAUCCAGAAGAUCCCACCAUUAUGUGUUCCUAUGGUGCUGUUGGAAAAUAAUUUCCAAUGAUUGAAAAUACAAAUCAGUGAUGUGUACGUAUUUUGACUAAAAUGAAUAUAAACUGCUUUUGGAUCCAAACUGGAUUAUCAAUUGUAAUUAAUAAACAACUAAAAAAGGUUAAAUCUUGUUAACCAAAAGGUCUAGCAUUCAAGGCUUUCCUUCUUACUUUUAUCAAAGAAAAAGCUCUUAUUUUUAAAUUAAAGCUAAUAAGAGAACAUCUUAUAUCUGUAAAAUUAGUUUAUACCUAGCACUUGUCCAUGUAUAGAGGCCAAUACAUGCUGGAAGAUAAUUUUACUGUAAAAUUACGAAAAUAUAAAAUAAUUUUGUAAGGAAAAAGUAUGAAUUACAUUCCAGUUACCUUAUUGUUUAUGAUUUGAUUGUAUUGUUUACUAAUUAACCGAAUUAUUAAAAUUACUAAAUUGAA